AUAAAUCCAAUUUUCAUUAUUUCCCAUUUGGUUGCUUCUUGUUCGCAGGUUAGUAACCUCUUUAUGAAGUUGGCGCCACAUAAAUACCUUAGUGUAGAUCAUGGAACCCAAUGACCGUCCCUGGCCCACCAAUGCAACGUGCGAGUUACAUAAUAAAUUACAAGUGAACAUCGCAAUCGACCAUUAAGGCGAAUGCUUUUGGCAAAUAUUGGCCGAAAAGGGGCCGGGAAGACCCAAAAACAGAACGUGACGACGACGGGCCCCUCCCUUCCAUCUGGUUUGCCUGUGCAGUUUUUAGUUUCGUUUUCUUCAGCCGAAUUUCGGAUACGAAUCUGAAUCGGAUACGGAAUCCAUGUCCACACUGGGCAUCGAAAACGAAAUCGAAAUGGGCACAGUGCGCCAGCUAAUUUGUAUGCAUCGCGGAUUGCUGGCGGGGAUUGAAGAGCUGCGCGUAACGCGAUUGGGAAGCCAUCGGAAAUAUUAUGCAAGGGCGGGGGAGCUACGCAUUGCUGAGGUGGCGGAUUCAUAUAAAACACUCGAUUGACCUGCAGCAGUAGCUUCAUUCGCAGCCGAACCAUCGACAUCAGCAUGCAGACGCAGUGUAUCCUCCUUCUCUUGGCCGCCAGUCUGGCCAUAUGUGUGGCGCGUCCGGAACCACCUAGAUCGCGUUACGGACCGCCGCCACCGCCAGCUCCCCAAAAGGAAUACGGUCCUCCGGCCCCGGCAGCACAGCCUCUUCCCGUUUACGGACCCCCAGCCGCCUUCUACGGACCACCAGCCGCCUCGGAGGCCCUCGUGACCAAGAACGUGUACGUGCACGUGCCGCCAGAGGAGCCAGAGUUCUAUCCGGCCUCGUCGCCCAUCCAGACGGCCGUUCCCAAGAAGCACUACAAGAUCAUAUUCAUCAAGGCGCCCAACCCUCCGACUCCUGUGCGCCAGGUGCUUCCUCCCCCGGUCCAGGAUGAGCACAAGACACUUGUGUAUGUUCUGGUCAAGAAGCCCGAAGAGCAGCAGCCCGUCAUCCUGCCCGCUCCAGAGCCCACAGAGCCCAGCAAGCCGGAGGUUUACUUCAUCAAGUACAAGCAGCAGCAGCCCAAGCCGGCCACCCAGUACGGCCCACCGCCGUCCGCCCCAUCCGAGGAGUACGGAGCACCACCUGCCCCCCGCACCGUCGAGCAGUUCUAGUUUGUAGUGUCGUCUAGGUCCACAGCCCAUGAAUGUAAAUAUUAUUUAUGAUCGCUGCCAUUAAAGAGAGU